UGUGAAUGGAUAUCACCUGAAUCAUCUUAGAAGAGCUUAAAUUGCUUGAAAACCCUCAACAUGAGUGGCUCCAAACCCGAUAUUCUGUGGGCCCCGCACCAUGUUGACAGAUUUGUUGUAUGCGAUUCAGAACUGAGCCUUUAUCACAUUGACUCCACUGUAAGUUCAGAACUCAAGGCAGGGUCCUUGCGCUUAUCGGAAGAAACUACAGCUACACUAUUGUCAAUAAAUUCAGAUACACCCUAUAUGAAGUGUGUGGCUUGGUAUCCGAAGUACGAUCCUGAAUGUCUCCUUGCUGUUGGACAGGCCAAUGGUCGAGUGGUACUUACUAGCCUCGGACAAGAUCACAACUCAAAAUCUAAAGAUUUGAUAGGCAAAGAGUUUGUUCCUAAACACGCACGGCAAUGCAAUACCCUAGCGUGGAACCCGCUAGACAACAACUGGCUUGCUGCCGGAUUAGAUAAACAUCGGGCUGACUUUUCAGUAUUGAUUUGGGAUAUCAGCAGCAAAUAUGCCCCAGACACUGCAGUUGCUACAGAGAAAAUAAGACUUUCAGCAUUAGAUACGGAAGCAGGAGUGGUAGUAACAAAGCCACUGUAUGAAUUAGGACAGAAUGAUGCUUGUCUCUCACUUUGUUGGCUUCCACGGGAUCAGAAGCUUCUUUUAGCUGGAAUGCAUCGAAAUCUGGCUAUCUUUGAUCUGAGGAACACAAGCCAAAAAAUAUUUGUGAACACCAAGGCUGUCCAAGGAGUGACUGUCGAUCCCUAUUUCCAUGAUCGUGUAGCUUCCUUCUAUGAAGGUCAGGUUGCCAUAUGGGAUUUAAGAAAGUUUGAAAAGCCUGUUUUGACCUUGACAGAGCAACCAAAGCCCUUAACAAAAGUCGCAUGGUGUCCAACAAGAACUGGACUGUUAGCUACUUUAACAAGGGAUAGUAAUAUCAUUAGACUGUAUGACAUGCAGCAUACACCCACCCCUAUUGGAGAUGAAACUGAGCCAACAAUAAUUGAAAGAAGUGUCCAACCAUGUGAAAACUACAUCGCUUCAUUCGCCUGGCAUCCCACAAGUCAAAAUCGAAUGGUAGUAGUGACUCCAAACAGGACUAUGUCUGACUUCACAGUUUUCGAAAGAAUUUCUCUUGCAUGGAGUCCAGUGACAUCUUUAAUGUGGGCUUGUGGACGACAUUUAUAUGAGUGUACAGAAGAAGGAAAAGCUAGUUCCUUGGAAAAAGACAUAGCAACCAAAAUGCGGCUCAGAGCUCUGUCAAGGUAUGGUCUCGACACUGAGCAAGUUUGGAGAAAUCACCUCCUAGCUGGGAACGAAGAUCCUCAGCUGAAAUCGCUUUGGUACACUCUGCAUUUUAUGAAGCAAUAUACUGAAGAUAUGGAUCAAAAACUUACAGGAAACAAAGGUCCCUUAGUUUAUGCUGGCAUUAAAUCAAUUGUGAAGUCAUCUUUGGGAACAACAGAGAACCUCAGGCACAGCAGGAGUGGAUCUGAUAGACAAGCAGAUAUUAUUCAGUAUCUGAGUGAGGAGAGAUCCUUGGCUUUGCAGCUCUGUGGGUGGAUAAAGAAGGGAACUGACUUAGAUGUGGAGCCUUUUUUAAAUUCAUUGGAACAGGAAGGAGACUGGGAGAGAGCUGCUGCUGUUGCACUUUUCAACCUGGACAUACGGCGAGCAAUACAAAUUCUGAAUAAAGGGGCUUCCUCAGGAAAAGGUGAUCUGAACCUUAAUGUAGUAGCAAUGGCUCUAUCAGGCUACACAGAUGAGAAGAACUCACUUUGGAGAGAAAUGUGCAGUACUCUGCGGCUGCAGCUGAACAAUCCCUACUUGUGUGCUAUGUUUGCUUUCCUGACAAGUGAGUCUGGUUCUUAUGAUGGUGUUUUGUAUCAAAAUAAUUUGAGCAGGAAGACAAAGGGAGAGAG